AUACAUUUUAUGGGAUUGCCUCCACUACUACCACCCCCCCACAAGUAGCAAUCAAACCCCUUUCCCUCUCUCUUUCACUGCACACAAAUUCUAGUAAUUUUUUCUGAUCAUCUUGUUAUAAUUAUUGAUCCUUUACAGAUAGAUAAGAUCAUAAAUAGGUAUUAGAUAUAGACAGAUUAGAGAAAAGACAUGCUCACUCCUCCACAGCUUCCUAGGCCUUUCCUUCUAUCAAACCACACUCAUUCAUCAAUUUCCUUAGACCUUCACACGGUUGGUGCUAUAAGCAGAAAUCUGAUCCUCUUGUUAUCCUUCAGAUUCAUUUCUCUACUGACACCUCGAUCAAAGGGAUAAAAUUUGCCACCUUUCUCAUCUAAUUGCAGAGAGAAAAAAAGAACUUGGCUUUGAUCCUAUUGUUUCUACUUACUACUACUGCUACUACUACUACUUCUGCUUUCGGUGAGGUGAAUUUAAGCCAUGGGUUUGAGUUCUAAGCAGGUUUCAAGUACAGGACUUGAUUGGAACCAGACCUUGUUGCAGGCUCAAAACUUGGAGCUCCCAAAGCCUCCUCCUAUGAGGAAACAACAACAACAACAACAACAAACUCAGCAAUCAGAACCUUUGAAGUGCCCAAGAUGUGAUUCUACUAACACCAAAUUUUGUUAUUACAACAACUACAAUAAGUCUCAGCCUCGGCAUUUCUGCAGAGCUUGUAAGAGGCACUGGACUAAAGGUGGAACUCUGCGCAAUGUUCCUGUAGGUGGUGGCAGGAAGAAUAAGCGAGUCAGGAAAUCAACCACUCCAACAACCACUGUCACCACUUCUAUUAGUACCACCACCUCAAAUGGCAACAUGGAUGCUGAAUUGAGUACCCACAUCACAAUUCCUCCUCUUUCAGUGGGUGAUCAGAAAACCAUACCCUCCUCACUCUAUCAAUCCUUGCUGCCACAACAGAAUCUGUUGAGUACCAAAGACACAGAAGGGAUGGAUGACUAUUGAUAUGGGGUCUGCUCCAGCACAACUGAACUGACAGAAUGUGAUGGAAGAUUCGUGUGGAUAUGUAUAUAUGAAUAUGUUGGAAUGACAUAACAUGGAUUUGAUUGCACACG